AUGCGCCGCCGGACUUGCCCGCGAGCGCUGGAAAGAGCGUGGGAACUCCGCGGGACGCUCGACAGAAACACCUUGCCGGCGUGCUGGCGUCACCCCGCCGCCCCGCCCCCUACGCUGCCCGGUUACCACGGCGACGGGCAGCGCGUCCCGGAAGAAGCAGAGGCUGCGGAGCUGCAGGGAGGCGGGCGAGCGAAGAUGCUGAGCGAGGGGAACCACCGGUUGAGGCGGGAGGUGAAGGGCCCGAAGCCCUAUUCCAUUGCCAUAAGCGCCAAACCGCCACAAGCAAAUCCCCCAGGCCCAGGCCGUGAGAUCCGAAUCUGGAGGGCACAAGAUAAACAACGCCUCGAAGCCUCGAAGUACGCCAAGGCCCACCUCCUGGGCCUCCAGAUCAACGAGAGGGAUGAACUGAACGAACGCAAACGGCUCCACCGCCUGGUGCAGAAGAAGGUGAAUGCCGAAAUGCACGGCUUCCUGGCGGAGACGGAGGAAAGGAGAGAGAGGCUCCGGGAUCUCCUGGAAGUGGAGGAAAAGGGUUACAUCGCUGAAAUGGAGUCACUGGAAGAAACCACUGAGGACAGGAAAAGGAAAAUGUUAGAGAAAGCAAAAUCGCUGAGAGAGAAUCGGGAAGAAGAGAGGCGGAAGAUUGUGGCUGAAAAACGGGACCAGCAGUUCAGAGCGGAUUGCGAAGAGCUCCGAACGCAGUGGAGCAAGAAGCACCUCCUGGAGGUCUGCGAGGAUCGCCUGGCCCAGCUGGCCUUGCAGGAGGAGCUGAAGAAGCAGAGAGAGCAGGAGGAGGCCACCUACUUGGCUCUCUGGGAGGAGGACCGGCUGGCCAAGGAGCAGCGAGCCGCAAAGGAGGAGCAGAACCGACAGGCGCGGAAUUCUGAGAUGGUGAACAUGCUGAACACCCAGAGGGCAGUGGCGGAAGCGCAGAGGCAGGAGGAGAGGCGGCUCAAGGAAGAGGAGGCCAAGUAUAUGGAAGAGGAACGGCAGCUGUUUAAACUGGAGGACGAGCGUGCCGAGAUCGAGAGGCGGCGGAAGCUGCGGGAGUGCGGGGAGAUGCUGCUGGCUUCCGCGAGGGAGAAGAUGAAGCGCCUCGGCCAGGCCAGGCAGGAGGAGCUGGCGCUGGACAUGAAGGUCCUGGAUCACAUCCUGCAGCAAGCCCAGGAGGACACGGAAGAGCAAAAGAGGCGGAAAAAGGAGCUCUUGAAGGAGCAGCAGAUGUAUCGGGCAUACCUGGCGGAGCAGCUGGAGGAGGAGAAACGCCUGGAAAGAGAGAUGGACAAGUUGCGGGAGGAGGAGAUGGCCCGGAUGUGGGCCAAGAGGGCCGAGCGGGAGAAGCGAGGGAAGGAGGCCCGUGAGCGCCUACUGAAGGAGGUGCUGGACACCAGGCAGCUUCAGCUCCAGGAGAAACUGCAGAGAAAUGCCCAGGAGCAGGAGGACCUUCUUACAGACAAGGCAUUGUUAAAUGCUGCCAUGCAAGAAUAUAACCGUCUAGAAGCGGAUAAAUAUGCUAGGCGCCUGCGGCAAGCAAAGGAAUACCAGGAAGACCUCCAAGGCCAGAUAGAGCACGUCAAGAAAGCCCGGGAUUUCGAAAAGGAAGAGGAGCGCCGCGAGUACGAAUCGGCCCUGGAAGCCGAGCGGCUCCUGCAGGCGAAGAUCGCCGACGUCCUUUCGAGACCGUAUAUGAAGCUGAUCAACCUCCAUCCUUUGCGGAGGCAGUUGGCCAGCAGCCCUCCGUCUGUGCACUGA